GUCUCUGCCGUUCGCUGUCGGUCGGGGUCGUCGUCGUCGUCCCAGUCGACCCAACGCCGUCAUUGUCUCGGCUGCCCCCUGACUUGUCCAACUCUUCCUGCUCCCAGCUCGCCAUCUUCCUCCGAUUCUUGACGAAACAUGGAAUUGGAAGAAGGGAAUCCUGAAGCGCAACAAAGUGGUACCUCGAUAUUGAUAUCUGGUGCAACAAGGACUGGGCCUGUGCUGUCUCCUUUGAUAAAUCGCUCUAGAGCUUAUGUUGCGGCUUGGUCUGCACGUGAUACUCAAAUGGAUGAUUUGGAAGAAGAUGAUGCCGACGAACAAGAUGUCGACUAUGGAGAAGAGGAAGAAGAUGAGGAUGAUGAUGAUGAAGACGAAGCAGAGGAAGAUUUUCCUGAUGAAGAGGAAGGAGAUGAGGAUGUUGACAUGGGAACAUUUUCUGAACAGGGAAGAAAUUUUUUGUCCAAAGUCUGGAGAGAAUAUGAGCCUAAGCGUGUUGAUGGGAUAGUGAUAGCUGCUGAAUGCAAACAUUGUGCAAGGAAUAUUUGUGCUGAGCGUAAACAUGGAACAAGUUCAUUGCGCAAACAUUUGAAGAGGUGCAAGGAAAGAAAGAAGAUUCUUAUAGUUUCUGGCCAGUUGAGUGCUCGUCCUCUGGCUCAGUCCAAGAGAUACACCCCGGUGGUGGAGGUGGACCCCCUCCACCCAUUCGACGAAAUGCCCUCAAGGGGAACUGUGGCAGGUCGCUCGAGGACUAGCGGUCUCUCGGGCUCUCGGCGCAUGGCGGCAGCGAAGCCUUGCGAGGCGUGCACUGGCCACUUGGGUAAGCUGGCGUCUCCUCCCCAUGACGGCUGGAUGACGGCCAAGAACCCCCUCGACCUUGACGACCUCCUGCUCGAGAUCAUCUCCCGUGUCCCUGCCAGGGAGCGGUGGCGCUUCAAACAAGUGUGCAAGCGCUGGCUGUGCCUCGCCAGGAAGCUUCCCCAGUCCCUGGCCGGGUUCUUCUACACCAGCCACAACGUGGAGCGCUUCCCCAAGUCUGCCCUCCACUUCUUCAACAUCUCGUCGACCUGCCCUGAACCCCCAAGGUUCUACCCCUCCUUCGACUUCCUGCCAGACCAUAGAAAACUUGAUCUCCUUGAUUGCUGCAAUGGCCUCCUCCUCUGCCGCUGGUGGGGCACCUCCGUGCAGUACAUCGUAUGCAACCCCGCCACCAAGGAGUGGGUCAUGCUGCCGUACAGCGGGUGUGCCGCCGACGAGUUGAUCCUUCCCCGUCUGGGUUUUGAUCCGCUCGAGUCUUCCCACUUCCAUGUGUUUUUCUUGCUGGGGGAUAUGUUCAGCAUCUCCGGAGUUCUCUUGUACUCGUCUGAAACCAGGGGAUGGGUUCGUAAGGAGAAUGGAUGGGACCAAGAGGUCCGGCAUGUUGGGGGCAGGCCUAAGACUGUCUUUCUCAAGGGCUACAUGCAUUUUCAUCUGGAUGCCAUCGUCCACCUUGACAGUAAACACUAUCGUUCUGUCCCUUGUCUAGCUGCGGUGGCCACAAAUGGGGAAACAUGGACCAUUGUUAAUCUCCCUCCCUCUGAUGAUGAUGAUGAUGAUGAAGGUUUUUGUUUUGGUUUCAUUCAGCUGUCUCAGGGCAGCUUGCAUUAUGUCCGCUUUGAAGGAAAUGAGCUAGCAGUUUACGUUCUGGAGGACUAUGGCAGCAAACAAUUCAAACUGAAGCACAGAGCUCCAAUCCGUGACUUGUUCAGCGAGGAUGAUUUUCCGGAACUGGAACUGAGUUUGAUGACCUUUGAGUGGGUUGCAAUUCAUCCGGAGUGUGAUGUGAUCUUCUUCACUAUUGAUCCGGAUAAAUGCUUCAUGUGCUACAAGAUGGAUCUUCAGAAAGUCACACAUAUUCGCUUUCUUACAGAAGAUGGCAAGCCACCGUAUCUGCCAUAUGCCCCACUAUACGCAGAGUUACAAUCUCUGCGCGUGAUCUCCACUGAACUGAACUUCUGUUGUAGUAUGUGCUUGAAUUUUCACUGAACUUGCUGUUGUAUUUUCGUUGGUUCUGGACACUGCUACCUCCUCAUGUUGGCUGCUAUAUAUAUAUAUGGCUCUUG